CAACACACAACACUCCUCGUCUUUCCACAUUCUAAUCAAAACCCAAUCACCCUCCUCCUUUUCUUACUACUACAAAAAUAAUCGUUACGUACAUUGCUCUGAACGGAAACUCAUUCAGAUCAACGAUGAACGCCUACAUUGUCGGCCUCAUUGUUCCCCUCGUCAUACUCCUCUUCAGAAACUCCACCAACCGCAAACGCCGUGGCUCACCUACCGAUGUCGGAGGCGAUCCCGGAUACACUGUCCGCAACCACCGCUUCGCUUCCGUGCUUAGUUCCGCUUGGGAAGACGUCACCACUCUCGCGGAGAUGUUUGAGCAUUCAUGCAGGGCGCAUCAUGGUAAACUGUUACUCGGGACGCGUGAAUUCAUUUCUAGAGAAAUGGAGAUUUCUUCUGAUGGAAGAACGUUUGAGAAGCUUCAUCAUGGGGAGUAUAAAUGGGUUACCUAUGGAGCUGUUUUUGAAUCUGUUUCUAAUUUUGCUUCUGGUUUAGCCAAUAUUGGGCACGUUAGAGAAGAACGUGCUGCGAUUUAUGCUGAGACUAGAGAAGAGUGGUUUAUUGCAUUGCAGGCUUGUUUCAGGAGAAAUGUGACGGUUGUGACAAUGUAUGCUUCGUUGGGAGAGGAGGCUUUGUGCCACUCAUUGAACGAGACAGAGGUUACAACUGUGAUUUGUGGGCGCAAAGAAUUGAAAUCACUAGUGCAUAUUUCCGGACAGCUUGACUUCGUGAAACGUGUGAUAUGUAUUGACAACGAUGUUCCAUCUGAUGCCUCAUCUGCUCAGCAUGGAUGGACAAUCACUUCCUUUUCUGAUGUUGAGAAGCUUGGUAGAGAAAACCCUGUUGCGGCUGAUUUACCCCUUUCAGCUGAUGUUGCAGUUAUAAUGUACACAAGUGGAAGUACAGGCUUGCCUAAGGGUGUGAUGAUGACACAUGGAAAUAUUGUAUCAACAGUGUCUGCUGUAAUGACAAUUAUUCCUAACAUUGGGAAAAAUGAUGUAUAUCUAGCAUACUUACCAAUGGCUCAUAUCCUUGAAUUAAUAGCCGAGAAUUUACUUCCAGCUGUUGGAGGCUCUAUAGGAUACGGAACUCCUUUGACUCUAACCGAUACAUCGAACAAGGUAAAGAAGGGGACAAAGGGGGAUGCCAGUGCAUUAAUGCCAACUCUGAUGGCAUCUGUACCAGCAAUUCUUGAUCGUGUACGUGAUGGAGUUUUCAAGAAGGUAAAUGCAAAGGGAGGAUUAUCAAAGAAGUUGUUUGAUUUAGCCUAUGCACGAAGGUUGCGGGCAAUUAAUGGUAGCUGGUUUGGUGCUUGGGGAUUGGAAAAAGUUCUAUGGAAUUUUUUUGUGUUCAAAAAAGUCCAAGCAAUUAUGGGUGGUCGUAUUCGUUAUAUACUAUGUGGUGGUGCACCUCUUUCUGCUGACACACAAAGAUUCAUCAAUAUUUGUCUUGGUGCUCCAAUAAGUCAAGGAUAUGGUCUCACGGAGACUUGCGCUGGUGGGGCAUUCUCUGAUUUUGACGAUACAUCUGCUGGCCGUGUUGGACCACCUAUUCCUUGCUCAUAUAUCAAGCUAGUUGACUGGCCUGAAGGUGGAUACUCAACUACUGACUCACCAAUGCCUCGUGGUGAAAUAGUAAUUGGUGGUGCAAAUGUCACUCCUGGAUAUUUCAAAAAUGAAGAAAAGACAAGAGAAUCUUACAAGGUUGAUGAACGAGGAGUAAGGUGGUUCUACACCGGUGACGUAGGGAGAUUUCAUGCAGACGGGGUCCUUGAGAUCAUUGAUAGGAAAAAGGACAUAGUUAAAUUGCAGCAUGGAGAAUAUGUGUCCUUAGGAAAGGUUGAGGCAGCUCUUCUUGUCAGCCCCUUUGUAGACAACAUUAUGUUGUAUGCUGAUUCUUUUCAAACUUACACUGUGGCACUUGUGGAUGUUUCUCAUUCUGCAUUGAGUGAAUGGGCUUCCAAGCAAGGGAUUGCUUAUUCUGAUCUUUCAGAACUGUGCCAGAAAGAAGAAGCAGUGAAGGAGGUGCAUGCAUCACUUCUAAAGGAAGCAAAGAAGGCUCGUCUGGAAAAAUUCGAGACUCCUGCAAAAGUUAAAUUGCUUUCUGAUCCCUGGACUCCAGAGACUGGCCUAGUCACUGGAGCCCUUAAGAUCAAGAGAGAUAUCAUUAGAAAGACUUUUCAAGAAGAGCUCUCAAAGUUAUAUGGCAAGUAGACAAGAUCAAACUUGGAAUGGUUACUCAUUGCAGCAAAAGAAGAUACUUCUUUUACUCUUUUCCUCUAGGAUGGAUCUGCAUUUUUGCCGGAUUUUUUUCUAUUUAUAAUUUUAUUUAUCAUGCAAAGUGACACCAAUUUAGUAGGUUACCAAAUGAGUAAUAACUUUGAGUUUGCAUAUGCAUAUCAGUGAACUUAACCAAAGCUUUUUACUACAAGUUUAUCAAUUUUUCCUUUGUAAAUUUAUCUCAGGAAUAAAUUUUUUGCAUGACUACUAAUCACAGUUAUGAAUAAUUACUUUUAGUUUUAGUAGUUAAUUAAAUAAUGUCUACUGAAAUUUGAUUGGAUGUAUAAUUCUUAUCCCAUUUAUUAUUUAGCCCAGUUUCCUUGACUGUGAUUAUAUCAAUGAAGGGAUGCUGAUUAGAUGUGAUGAA